AUGUGGAGGAAGAGCCACCUGCAAGAUGGACGCGAGCCACAAGCUGCACUGCUGCACUGUGAACCCGGGCACUCCGCGCCGAUGCCACCGACCCGCGGGUCCCUGAAGGGGGACCCCCCACUAAUCGGACUGCCAAAUUUCACCGACGCUGCUUCUCUUUGCUACAGCUUCACUGUUAAAAAACCAGCAUCUGGACCAUGGAAUCGGGAAGUCAUAGGCCAACUGAACAAAAAGUGUUUUAUUUACUGUAACAGUACCAACAACUGUUAUCCCAAUGGUGUUCUAGGAAAUAGACUGAGUGCCACAAAGAUCUGGGGAACACAGGUUGAGACUCUGCGAGAUUUAUCUGACCUGUUCAAACAGCAAAUGAUUGACCUGAAACAGGAGAAUAAUACUAUCAGAGAGCCCCUCUCUCUGCAGGCCAGGCUGUGUUGUUGGCAUGAAGUAGAUGGACGUUUCAAUGGAUCCUGGGACUUUGGCCUCAAUGGAUACAAAAUGGCCCAUGUUGACUCAAGCACUGGAGAGUGGACUGAAGUUGAUCCUGGAUCCAGGUGGAUGAAGGAGAUGUGGGAGAAAAAAAAGCAUGUAACAGACUUCUUAUCCAGGACCUCACAGGGGGACUGCAAGAAAUUGCUUGAGGAGUUCGAGUCACAUUGGGAAGAAAAGCUAGAGCCUGCAGGUAACUGAGAAGAUGGGGUGGAAACUCAGGCAGGUGAAGGGUGCCGUGGGGUGUGUAAUAAUCUAAUCACCAUGAGUUCU